UUUAGUAGAAGAAGAAGACGAUGAUGUCACACAGAGUUCAUGAUGGCGGUUGAUUUGACUCCUCGGUUUCGACGGUUGAACAGCCAAACAAGAAGUUUUCGUGAAAAUAUCCAGCACGGUUUCUCAGGGCCUUUUGGUGCCACCCAGCUGUGGUACAACAUCAUCCAAGCCCUGCAGACUCAGGUGGAGGUGCGUCGCUGCAGAAGACACCUACGUGUUCAUGCUGAAUGUUUCACAGGCUCAGAUGCUGUGGACACAGUUCUCAGUUAUUUAAUGCAGAAUGUGGUGUUUUGUACAAGUGAAGUGUCCCGCCUCAAAGCUGCUCGACUCUGCCAGGCUCUGAUGGAGGCGAAGGUGUUUGAGCCAGUGGGCACAAAGCUGUUUCGCAGAGACAAGGAAGUGGCCUUUGAGGACAGCAGCUGCAGCCUUUACCGUUUUCUGGAAUAUAAAGUAAGGUUGAAUUCAGCCAUGAACGAGGGCAGUGGUGACACAGAAAACAUAGCACCAGAGGAACAGGAGAUAAAGAGGAAGAAGACCUCAAGGCUGAAUGAACUGAGGACCAUCUCCAAUCCUCUUGCUGUUGGACCAUCAGACAGGAGGGUUGAAAGGCUGCUGAGAACCAUCAACCUGCAACCAUCUUUGUCUCCAGCUCGACACACAACCCUCAGGACUUCUGGUUUUCUGUCCAAAGCUGUGGUGGAUGAGGUUUGGAAGCAGCAGACCCUCUUGCAGCUGCUGCAGAUAGUAGAGUUGCCCAUGUUGGACUGCAUACUGACCUCUCCUGAAAGGGUUCAGUCUGGGGCCUGCAGAGCUCCUCUGGUGAACCAGGACCUGGUUAUCUCAAACACAUGCCUGGAAAGAGAGCUGCCAGACACCCUUAACCUACCUCAAUUGGAUGGGUGGCUGUCAGCAGCAGCAGACUGCUUGGAGCUCUUUCCUGACCAGCUGAUCGUGGUUGCAGGGGAACAGCUCAACCAGCAAGGCAGUAAACCCUCUAUCGAGGACAGCGAUGCAGAGCAGAUUGCAAACCAGAAGAGACUACUCUUUGAUACUAUUGCAAAAUACUACAGUGGACAGGAAAGAACACCACUUCUUUCAGGACGCUACCUGGAUAUACAUACGGCAAUUCUGGAUUUACUGGAUGAUGGGAAGGUGCAAGAUGCCAUCAGAGCAUCUCAGUUGUGUUUGAGGCUGCUGGAUACGAGUGUGAGGGAUGAACUGCGGAGACUGCUGGCCUUCAUGGCCACAGCAGCUCACUCGGAUGCCUGUCGUCUGCAGAAACAGACUGAUAACAGGGCAUUGGUCUGCCGCACUUUUCAAAGAGCACUUGUUCAAAAUCAUGAACUGACUCGAUCGCAGAGUGAAACUCUGACACUCUUUCUCAUUGACAAUCACACUGAGCUUUUUAAGUGUAUCACAAAAAGAGUCCAAUCAUUUUACAUGGAAUCUACUCCUACAACCCUUAUUGAAGCUGUGAGGAGAACACUGAGGACGAUGCAGCAGGGCAAAGAUCCUGACUCCAUUGCCACGUUCACCUUCUGCCAGCAGGUGACUCCACAGGAAUAUGAGGACCAGCGAGAGGCUACCACCUUGGAAAGCCUCAAACAGCUUCUUCAUGACAUUUCCUCAAGCAAGAGCAUGCCAAUCAAGGAGAAGAGGAGGCUGCUGAAAGAGUUUGAGAAACAUCACCCUGUGGUCUUCCUCCAGCAUUUCUCCAGCACUUUCUGAAACGUACAACUAACUGGUACUGGUUUGAAUUCAUAGAUGUACUUUCACAAAGUCAGUGGGUACUUGCAGGAUAAAAAUGAUAAAGCUUCAAUGAGUAAUAUGAGUCUAAUUAAAUAUCUUGUUCUGAGAGUUGGACUUCUAAUGCAGACAAAACAUUACAUAAAAACAGGUUAUGAUGCUAAAUCAGUAUAAAACAGGUUGUGACCCUUGAGGAUUUAUUCAGAAGUCUGGGGCUAAGUCUGGAUUUUAGAAAAAGUUACUACUGUCUUGCAGCCAUGGAUGCCUUUUUUUUAACUAAUACACAUUGCAAUUUUAAGAAGUAUUUGGAACCUUUUUAUUAAAGGCAUUAAGUCAGCUGUAGACUUAUAAAGUUUUGCACUAGUUUGAAAACUAAUUGUGCUUUCUGUGUGUGAUCCCAGGUAACUUGAUGCAGGUUUUUAAAAUAGUUUUAUUCUACAUUGUUGACAGAUUUUAUGUUGCAUAAAUCAGUAAUGUUUAAAUUGGGAUUUGUAUUAUUCCAACAUUACAAUAAGGUAAUCAUAACGUAUAUAAAAAGGUUGUAAAAAGGAUUGCUUAAAUAAAAUAUUCAGAAUUUUAUGAAUUUACCCUUUAGCUAGCUGCUCUCAUGUAGCAUUUAAUGAACAGUGUACUAAUUGAUGUACUUCUAUGAUGAAGUACAGUAUUUGGAUAAAGCUAAUGUGUUAUACUGAGAAGUUUUUUAGUGAAGUUGAUUUGGGCUUUAAAAAUGGUGUUGUGCUUUUCAGAAGUAAUCCUGUGCACUUUUAUUUGGCAUUAAUAUUUCUACAUAUAAAAUUAAGAAUAACAAUUUUAUGUUUUUGUGGUGCUUCGAGAGCAUGUUGUGUUGAUGGGAAAACACUGGUAACUGUAACACUAAUGUCACUCGAAUAAGUUUAAUACAUAAGCAUGAAGGUUUUUUUAAUGAAGAUUUUAAUAUGAAAUGAAAGCGGAGAGGACAAAAUACUGUGUUAGGCUAACCAUAGCUCAGGUAAAUACUGUAGGCUUUAAUUUUAUGGGGUUUAAAUGCGUUUAGUGCCAGCAACCCGAUCAAUUUUAACUGUAGCUUUUUAGGAUUUUACUUGAAAUGUAGACAUUAUGACUUGAAAAGGUGUAAGUUUGGUGUCCUAUGACUUGAUAUUGUUUUAGAAUACUAAUUUAAUCUUAAAUAUGAUGCCUCAGUUGAAGUUUUUAUUUUAAAAUGUUACUUUGUGAAGCAAUGGUCAUGCAGAAGUAAUUUACAGUCAAAUCUCAUUUUAGUCAGCAUCUUUUUUUUUCUUUGAAAACACUGAAAUCAUGUUAGAAUGCACUUUAUGAUGCUGAAAUAUGCUUUACUUAAUAAUGCAUUUAAUAAAAGUUGUUCUCUGAAACA